CUGUGGGAACAUUGCACCUGUGCGGAAAUGGUGAACAAUAUUGUAAAGGGUUGUAGGCACAUGUUUGCGCUUAACAUUCCAUUAAAUAAGGGUUUGUGUUAAUUCUCAGCAAGCAAUAGAAAAUAUACAACACCAAGCAGUAGUCAUAAAACUUGUGCUCACUUGUGGGAAUAUAUUUCCCGCUCGUUUCAAGCUUACAAAAGUAGGCUUUGAACUUUCUGGAACCUAGCUAGUUUUAUAACUACCAGUCCGAAUUGCAUUAUCUGUCAGUCGAAUCGUUUGUCAACGUCACUAGAGUGUUGAUGGUUUAUAAUUUUAAAAUAUAUUUUAGGUGUAUCGUUCGUGCAGCAAGGAACGAACUACUACUGAACUGUUUGCUGCUAUAUAUAACUAACUGCAAGCAGUAAGCCACCGUAAGGUCACGUCACUAAACUACACGGUUAGCAGGAAGAAGUCGGUCCAGAUGUUGACGGAAUUAGAAAACUGCACUCUUGGGACCGGUCGUUGCACGAACACGAACCAAGCGGUGAAGCGUGCUCUUCCUGGUAGAUGGCGAGCAUCGCCUCGAGGGAAUAUUACAUUGCACAAAACCUGCUAAUAUUCCUAGUUUCGGUACUAGUUUGUUCCGGUAACAAGGAACCUUUUUGCUUCACAUAAAGCUCCACCCGGUUUGAAGUGGGGGAGAAUAAAUUGUUGUUUUUCUUUCUUCUCCCUUUGCUUGUAUGCGUGCUUAAGUCGUGCUUACCGAACACUUCCGGUUCGUCAUGGCGUGCUGGUGUGUAGGUUCUGCAGGUAGUACCAAUGACUAACCGUAAUUGCUGCAAACGUUCACUAAAGCCGUUGGUUCAUGGCCAUAAAUGUACGCAUGAAGCCGUUGGAGUUAACCGCUGACUCAUAGUUGACACUCGGUAGCACUUCAGCGUCAGUGAACCGUCCAGGACGAAAUAAAUGCAACGAUCAACGUAAACAGACAGUUAACGAGUUGUCCAGACCUGCAACUGCUAGCAGAUUUUUGUAAACGGAAACAAGCAAUAAACAACACGCAAGCGCAAGAUGCCAGAAAGUGGACCAGUUUAUCAGCCGACGACGGUAUCGUUCGAGGCCCGUCCAAGUGCCGGUGGUUUGCUGGCACAAACUACAGCCGUAUCAUCGAUGAAGAUGCUCCGUAAACCGGCCAUCCAGAUGUCGAUUCUUGUGUUCGGUUUGAUCAUGUUCGCCACAGGAAUAGCACUGGUUGCGAGCGGUUCCGCGGACUACUCUGAUGCUGAGCAGCAUCCGGAAAUUAAUCCGGAGGGCAAAGUACAGGAAGAGCAGAUCGAUGUGGGUUUGAUCGUGACCGGUGCGAUCAUUACACUGUUCGGGAUCAUAUUCUUAGGUUUGUACGUGAAGGUAGCCGAUUGGCGCCGCAGUUGCGUUUGUCCGUGCGUGCUGUCGAAAAAGCAAGGCCUGGCACGGCAGCUGCAGGGCAACGGUGGUGGUCAAAUUCUUGCCCUGAACCCGAGCACGGAUCCGCUGGUGUCGCACACCCAGUAUGCACCCGUGUCGGAGAUUCCAACCCGCCAGGAGGAUGAGGAACGGCGGAAUCUGAUGCCGGACAGCAAGGAUUCGUGUAUGAGCAGUGCGGAAGAAUCGGACCGGAUGCUCGACACGGACCCGAGAAUCGUGCUCCGGCCGAUCGGGAGCACUUUGGAGGAUGCUUAAAUGUACGUACACACGCAAACGCAUGUCAACAAAAGCAAAAGACAUACUUAGCGAACGAAAAAAAAACGUUCAGUAGACGGAAUAGGGUAAUGGAAAAUUUUGUGUUAAAAUUUGACCCAAUUUUCCUCCCAUUGUUCGUUCAUUCCCUGACAAAUUUACGUAUUUGAGUUUGCGAAUUCACACAAACGGUUUUUUUUUCUUCUUUCGUUUAAUUAUUAUUAAACUCGCGGGAUGAAGCAUUCAAAAUAACAGUAUAAUACAUACAUCAUGUGCAACAACAAAAAAAACGUAUUCAUAUACACAAUCGCAUCACAUUAGUCGAAUUCCGUACAUUCGUAACGAAGGGCAGCAUCCAUGAAUGUGCAUUUGUUUUAUGCAUUCUAAAUAAGUAUUGAUUUAUCAAAUGAUCUUGGCGCUAUUUUGGAACUGGCCGCGCGGGGGUGUUAGCGUUAUUGUUUUUGCGAAAUAUUAUUUAUAACCCGUUCAAAACUAAUGUGCUAAAAAAAAACAAACUAGUUUAUUAUAGUAAGGCAAGUGAUUUGCGUUGUGCUUUGUUUUGUCUUUUCGUCUCAUGAAGGUUGACAAAAUCUCUUUUUAACGUUUAUCAUGCGUUACAACUCUGUAACGUAUGCGUUACAAAAAAAAGUCCAAUAUAAUGGUUAGGAAUUUCUUUUUUCUACCUUUUUGGUUUCACCAUUUUUUUUUUGCACUGAACUAUAUUUAAGACAGUUAGAGCGCGAUUAAGACAGGUGGACGAAAGCUUACGCAAAAAUGAGAUCUUAGUGAAAAAAAUGUACCUUUAUGAAUCGGGUUUUAUUUGUCGUACUUAAUUUACAGUGAAAAAAGGGGUAUCGAUUGAAGAAUUAGUUAGCAUUAUUUUUUGUUUUGUCUCUCUAAACUGUACCGGGCAGAAUUUAUGUAUUAAAAAAAAACGGAACUAACCGUCCAGAGCAUCCGGAUGAGACAGGCUGGUUUUUUUUGUGGUAGAGAGCUAUUGCACGCAGUAUACACGCUAGAAUUUAGUUCAGUAACACACUCACACACACACGAGCGCGAAGGGGAGGUUGAAUUUAGCAAACAUAUUUAAAUAGUAAAGAAACAAACAAAAAAUACGAAGUGAAACGAUAAACCUGCCUGACAUGUAAUGCUUUGUCCAUUUGCCGAAGACGUUGAUGCCGCACAGGCAUCGAAACAGCAAUAAGCCAAGAUUGUGAAAAGAUGGCCUAAACCACAUACGGGACUAGGAGGGGAACGUUCGUUUGUUUACAUUCUUUCGGUUGUGUGUUGUUAUGUUUCGCAGACAUGCCAAGAUUUGGCAGGCCGGUGCCACUUAAGCAAGGAUUCAGUAUUCAGUAUAAUGUAACCAACUUUCCCGUUUUACGCCGAGAAAAAAAACACAUACACACACACACAAAACCAAUUCAUAUAAAUUGUCGAUGCAAAACAGCAACAAAAAAAACUGAGUAAAUUAAUUCCAAACAGAGAAUGGAGAAGAACGAUCGGAGUACACAUUUUUAAAUAAAUCUCUUAAUAGUAGGUUAGUUUACGGUGA